AUGCCGGCCGCGCAGCACAUCGAACGAGACCAAGACCUCGCCAUGAGCAGCGACGAGUUACUUCAAGCUCAGCUGGAGCUCUACCACCACGGCCUCGCCUUCGUCAAGUCACUGGCGCUCAAGGCCGCCACGGACCUGCGCAUCCCCGACGCCAUCCACCGCCGCGGCGGCGCCGCCACCUUGUCCGAGCUGGCCUCCGACACCGGGAUCCACCCCACGAAGCGCUCCAACCUCCGACGGGUCAUGCGGGUGCUCACCACCACCGGGGUAUUCUCCAUUGUCCAAGGCAAAGGCAGCAACGACCACGCCGGUGAUGGCGCUGCGUAUUACAAGCUCACGCGGGUCUCCCGGCUCCUUGUCGAGAGAUCACCGCACAACCUGUCCCCGAUGGUGGGCACCAUCGUCAACACGUUAUGCUGGACCUCUCUCCUCAAAAUGCCCGAGUGGUUUACCCAAGGCCAAGAGGGAGAGUCGGCACAGUCGCACUCGCUCGUCCAGCUGGCCAACGGCUGCACGUUCUGGGACACCACCAAGGUCGAUGGCGGCUUGUUCAACGACGGCAUGGCCGCGGACAGCCGCAUCGCCAUGAAGGUCCUGUUGAAGGAGCACGGCGGAGCGUUCGGGGAAGUGAAAAGCUCGCUGGUGGACAUCGGCGGCAACCAUGGCGCCACCGCGUCGGCCGUGGCGAGAGCGUUCCCGCACCUCAAGUGCAGCGUUCUGGACCUCCCACACGUCGUCGCCGCGGCUCCCGCCAGCGACAUUUUGACCUUCGUCGCUGGAAAUAUGUUCGAGUAUGUCCCACCUGCGGAUGCUGUUCUACUCAAGGUAAUUUUUUAUUUUUAUUUUUAUUUUUGGAUAUGUUCUUCCUUUUUCUGCUGGUCUACUAUGCUAAUGGGAUAUAAUAUGUAUGUUUGGUUCCAGUGGAUUUUGCAUGACUGGAAACACGAAGAUUGCGUCAAGAUAAUGCGCCGGUGCAAGGAAGCGAUCCCAGCGAAAGAAGCCGGAGGAAAGGUGAUAAUCAUCGACAUGGUGGUGGGAUAUCCGGUGACUCAGCCCAACCAUUCCAAAGAGGCGCAGGUUUUGUUAGAUAUCUACAUGAUGGGCUCCGAUGGAAUGGAGCGAGAGGAAAACGAGUGGAGCUUGAUUUUCUCCGAAGCCGGGUUCAGCGACUACAAGAUCACUCCAACCAAUGGGAUUCGAUCAAUUAUCGAAGUAUACCCUUAA